CUCAAAGACAAUGGUUCACCAUCAUUGCGGUAGCCAAAAGCUGCUGAAGAAAGCCUUGUUUUGACUGUUCUUAACACCAAAACAAAUGACGAGGUUGUUGCAAAGCAUUGUCUCUGAAUUUAUAAGGUCUUCUACAUGCCACAUCUUUAGCAAACUAAAAUUCUUCAGCGUACCAUCUCAGCGCUUAAAAUCCCAGCUAUGAAUUCGCCAGAAAAAUUUAUCUCUAACUCAAGCAGAAGACGAUGUGCUAAAGGAGGUGAGUUAACAGAUGACUUAAGUAAUACCGACGGUACUGACAGUCAGUCCCCUAGCCAGACCUCUAGCCCUUCAGUCCAAACAAGUUCGGGUUCACCCCAACCCGGCCAAAACAUUGAGGCUCUUGGUCCAGGAGACGUAUUUCACGCAGCUCAAGCUCUUCGCAGACAGUUCCCAGACGAAGAGCCACCUGAGUUUAGAAGCAGAGCAGGAUCACUCAGUUCGCUCCCCAGCUACACAGAUGAUGAGCGCCCGCCUUAUCCUCACGAUCACCAGGUCAACGACGAUUGGAUAGUAUUGAUGAUGUGGCUGAUAAGUGAUUGGCGUGAAUCGGCAAUAGCCCGACGCAUGCCCCCCAUUCAACCCGGCGACGACGUGGCAAUGAUCCGACGUCGAGCCGAAGUUGAAGUAGAUAAUUGGUUCGAGAUCGAAGGAAUUGUGCGACCAAGACAGCAGGCACGAGUUGAGCUGGCUGGUUACAACGGCGAGUGGACACAGUGGCUCGGCUCAGUCCGCCGUCUGAAUCAGCUCCAUCGACGUCGUAGAGAAAACGGACACCAGGAGACGGAAGAGGAGAGCGAGGGCGAAGUAGACUUGGAUUUCAGAAUCGCGUUCGGCCGUCGCCCACCUGGACUCCUCGCAACUGCCCCAGUGCGUGCGGAGACCGAAGUCUGGGAGAAAUGGCUAGAGUCGGAAGAGCGCUGGCCCUACGGGGUUUUUCAUGCAGACAACGUCUGUAAAUUGUCUGCAUUUUGUCUGCAUUCCUAGUAGUAGUAAAAUAUAGUAAAAUGAAGACAAAAUUCAGACAAUGUCUGCUACAAUUUCAUCAAAAAAAUGCAGACAAAUUAGCGUGUGUCAGGGUACGAGAGUUUAGGUACCUCAGACUUUUCAUGUUUCGAUAUAAAGUUAAACACAGACCUUUUACUACUUACCUCCGGAACACUCGGAAGGGAGAC